AUGGCACAAGCGAUGAUUAAUGCUAGGCUGUCUACCGUCAAACAGAGCGCGGAGCUCCACGGCACCGGCAAGCACCCGCCCGCUAAGAAGGCCCGGCCGUCCUUGGAGUUUUCCACCGUGCAUAAGACCGGUGUGAUUGUCCAGAGGAUUAAUCCUCAUGCUGAUGUGCCUGUGGCUGCCAUAUUGGAGUUGUGCAAGGCCGAGUUAGGCGACUUCCAAUAUGCCAUCUACGAGCACGACCCUGCUAAGGGGGGGGGGGGGUUAGCCUGCAAGGUGAGAGGGCUUCAUCUUAAUAUGGUGGUGAUGAGUUCCAGUGCCUGGCGUGAUUCAUGGCGCGUCCGCCAACUGUUGAAGCGAGUCAAGGCCGCCUGUUGCGAGAUGCACGGGGUCGCAAUCCGCGACCCUAAGGCCAUGAUUGCGUAUCUGUCCAUCCCCCCUCGUACUGUCAUCUAUGAACACUUACCUGAGAAGCGGAGCGAGAUCGAUCCCAUCUUCAGGAUCACCCCGACCGAGGAUGAAAUCGACCAGAUGAGGACCGUCAAAAUGAUGACGCGUGGCACUGCAGACGAACCAAAGGGCAAGUAUCCGGAUGGAGGGGAGUACGCUACCAAGACGGACCUCCAAGUCCUCAUGGAUCUGAUGAGCAAGUGGUCUCCACGUUCUUCUAAUGACUUUGUCACUAGGGUGAUGAGAUAUGAGUCUCCUCAGGUGAAAGCCCGGGUCGAGAAACUCUAUUUCCAAGCGAACUGGAGAGACAGGUUCACCAAGGCGCGUCUUCUGACGCAAAUGGGCUGCUUGGAGAACGACAUGGAGAUGUUGGAGAGUACCUGGGAGCAGAACAACCCCCCCCCCCCCAAGUAUCACACCGUGGAGGAAUCUGUCUACUUGGUAGCGCGCUGGUGCACCCAUCAGGGGAUUCUUCUGAACUUCCUCGUCAACGACGUGACUGCGGUGAUGGACAGGACUACCCCCAAGAAAAACUGUCUUGCCCUCAUUGGAGAAUCCAAUGCGGGUAAGACGUGGCUCGUCAAUUCACUGGUGGAUCUUGCGGUCCACGUCGGUGAAAUCUCGCAAGGAAGUGGCGGUUACGUGUUCAUGUGGCAGGAAUGCGUUGAUAAGCGCAUGAUCGUACUUAAUGAGCCCUACCUGGAUGCAUGCGUCAUUGAGAAGGCCAAGAUCGUUCUCGAGGGCCAAGAGACGAUGGUGCCCGUAAAGCACCAGGCAGAAGCGUUUCUUGCACGUACGCCAGUCUUCGCUACCGCCAAUCACCCCCUGUGGCGUUUCGCCGUAUCGGAGCAGGAGGCCGUACGCAACAGGUGCUUUGUGUACAAGAACUUGCGAGCGUUCCCCCUCCUCGCCGACUACAGCCGCCGUUGCCACCCCCUGGUGUGGCGUGCCCUGAGAGAGCCUAUAGACAAUGAAGCAGCCAGCGAGCGGUCAUCUUCCCGCGGGUCGCCGACAACUAAAGAGGUAUGUUUCAGCGUCUCUCCUCUCGAGUUAGCCAGGCUGCAGAGCCCCCCAAGCGUUCUAAGCCAAUCGCCAUCAAGCGAGUUGACCGACGCCGUACCGAGAACCCCUACGUCCCGCAAACCUGGCCGAGUACCCCCACUAAUCUUGCCGCAGGCGCGGUUCAACAUGACGGAGCAGAGGUGGAGCAGCGACGAGUCCGAGCCGGCUUUGUCUCCGACCCCGCAAGACAUUAAACCUGUCCUUGUACCCACCACUCUGCCUUGUACUUACACCCCUGGCAGCGUGAUCGACUUGUGUUCAUCUAGCUCUUCAUCUGACAUCCCCUGCGGUCAACGAUGCGCCUUUCCUCGUGACUUGGCCACCUACAACAACUCCUGUAAUGAAGCCAUUGAAGACCGCACCCUUGACCGUCCCGUGUCCGACUUCUCUGCCCCGUCUCCCGACUCAUCUGAUCUGUUCUCCGAUGGUUCGUCUGGUGGUGACGGUAGCCGAGUGACCACUCUCUCUGAGCGAGCUGACAAGUUGGAGUUGGACCGGUUGUGUGCCGCCAGCGAAGCCGCCGACUUAGCCUCCAGCCUGACCCCCGACAAUCUUCCGUCCACCUCUGCCAUGGCUACCCUUCGAGACAACGAGCGCCGUAAGCGUGGGAAUGAUUCCCGCACGUAUGAUCUCCUCACCGAAGCGUGCAGAGUGUUGAACAACACCUCACCCGACAGCCUCCACACCGAGUUCCGCGACCACAUUGAACUGUAAAUUAGUACUGCGGCCCACAGUUAACCUGAGGUUUAAAGUUGUUUUUUAAAGGGAAGUAAAGUAAAACAAACCUGUUUUAGUUAGGGCAGUGACCAAUUAUAAUUGUAUAACUGUAAAUAAAUGAAUUGUAAAUAAAUGAAUUGUAAAUAAAUAAAAGUUGUGUUGUGUUGUGUUAAAAAAAAAAAAAAAAAAAAAUCUCUUAUGCAAAAGCCAAUGAAGAGUCAAUGACACUGAGGCUUUACUGCAUUU